AUGACUUUCGCCGCCCCGAUCGCCUCAACAUUCUUUUCACGACUUGUCCGCCCUUUCUCCAUUAGCGCUCCUAUCCUAUCCCUCGUACCAGAAUCCCAGCCGCGCAACAUGUCCACCGAACAGGCUACCAUCGGCGCCGGCUGCUUCUGGGGCGUCGAGCACCUUUUCCGCAAGAACUUCGGCAACGGCAACGGCCUGCUUGAGGCAAAGGUUGGAUACUGUGGAGGAGAGACUUCGGAUCCUAACUACCGAGCUGUUUGCUCUGGCGCAACUGGCCAUGCCGAGGCUUUGCAGGUUACCUAUGAUCCUUCCGUUGUUUCUUACCGCCAGCUCCUGGAGUUCUUCUACCGCAUGCACGAUGCUUCGACUUUGAACCGUCAGGGUCCCGAUGUCGGUACUCAGUACCGCAGUGUCAUCUUUACACACGGCCCGGAGCAGCAGAGCAUUGCCGAGACUAUCACUAAGAAGGCUAGCGAGGAGUGGUAUAAGACUCCUGUUUCUACUGUGGUUGUCCCUGCGGGUCAGUGGUGGGAUGCCGAAGAGUACCACCAGCUGUACUUGAACAAGAACCCGGCUGGAUAUGAGUGCCCUGCCCACUUCGUCCGUGAUUUCCCUCCUCUUUCGGAGUGA